UUCCGAUACCCCAUCGCUCGCUCGCCCGCGCACCUCGCGCUCACGUUUUCUCACCCUCCCGCGCCCGCUCUCUGCCAUCUCGGCUGCUCGCUGCGAUGCCACUCGAUCUUCCUCGGCGCUGCCUAUAAGCUUCCCGUCCUCCUCCUCCCGUCUUUUCUCUCCUCCUCCUCCUCCCCCGCCCACUCACUCCCUCACAAUGGCUAACAACGUCUUUGACGUCUCCGUCUUCUUCAUUGUCUUCCGAGAAACCCUCGAGGCCUCAAUCAUCAUCUCCGUCCUUCUUGCUUUCCUCAAGCAAGGUGUUGGACGCUCAUCCGAAGACCCCCUUCUCUACAAGCGUCUCGUCAAACAUGUCUGGGUCGGUUCCGCAAUCGGUUUAUUCUGCUGUCUAGUCAUCGGUGGUGCCUUCAUCGGUACCUGGUACUCUCUCGGCAGAGAUAUCUGGGGCUCGGCCGAAGAUAUCUACGAAGGUGUCUUCUGUCUCAUCGCGACCAUCAUCAUCUCCAUCAUGGGUCUCGCCAUGCUCCGUCUCAACAAGCUCAAGGAGAAGUGGCGCGUCAAAAUCGCCGAGGCUCUCGAGGAGCGCAACCACUACGGCAAGGGCUGGUUCGGCCGCUUCUCGCGCAAGUACGCCAUGGCUAUCCUGCCUUUGAUCACCAUCUUGCGUGAAGGUGUCGAGGCCAUCGUCUUCGUCGGUGGUGUCUCGCUUUCCUCCCCCGCCAAGGCUUUCCCUCUCCCCGUCAUCUGCGGUCUUGCCGGUGGUAUCCUCAUCGGUUACCUUAUGUACAAGGGUGGUGACUUUGUCAAGAUCCAGUUCUUCCUCAUCGUCGCUACCUGCUUCCUCUACCUCGUCGGCGCCGGUCUCUUCUCCAAGGCCGUCUGGUACCUCGAGUUCUACAAGUGGGUCCAGCUCGUCGGUGACGGCGCUGCCGAGUCCGGCACCGGUGCUGGUUCGUACGAUAUCCGCAAGUCCGUCUGGCACGUCAACUGCUGCGACCCCGAGAACGACGGUGGCUGGAUGAUCUUCAACGCCCUCUUUGGCUGGCAAAACUCUGCCACCUACGGCUCCGUCAUCUCCUACAACAUCUAUUGGAUCGCCGUCAUGGUCGCCGUCUUGCUCUUCCUCUACAAGGAGAAGAACGGAUACUACCCUGGCCUCAAGUCCUGGACUCUGAAGCGCGACGCGAAGAAGGUCGCCAAGCGCAGAGCAAAGAUGGAGGCUCGUCGUGCUGAAGCCGCCGCUGCCGCCGGCGAGGAGUAUGAGGAGACCAAGACCGCGUCGGUCUAAGCUGUCCGAUAGUGAUAGCUUAUGGUCCUCAUGUGUUUUUUUGUUUAGUUUUAUACACCUUUUGAUUUGUUUGUUGUAAUGACUCCUAUUUAAUAAUUAAUCGGGUUGACACCUUUUCUUCUUCUUUAUAUCCUUUGCACUAUACAGUAGCUCCUCUUAUAAUAACUAUACCAAUAAC